AGGUAGGUACCGACAAUUUUACCUACCAUUUUUUGUAGGUAUCAUGGUUAUAAAAAUAGAAUGUAAAUGAGUGACUCUCAAGAGACUUCAUAACUAGAACCAUCAAUUUUGAGACACUGGAGACUAAGAAUGGAACAUUUAGAGGAACCUAACAGAUUACUUCUAGAAGAUGUUCUUCAGGUUCCUAAUUAGCCUAUCAGUUGAACAUCAUAUGGCAUGCAACUUGUUUUUAGAGGCUAUUUAGAUUGAUUUAUUUGAGUUUAUCUAAAUAGCAUAAACACUUGUGAGACAAUUUGAGAGAGGUUAUAAAAACAGCUUAUGAUAUGUUGUCCAUAUGCUGUUUUCAACUCAUUUCUAUAAGCUCUCCAUAAUAGCUUAUGAAAACAGCUUAUAGCUUAUAUGGAAACAUUUUGACUUUAUUUUAUCUUUUGCAGUCUGAAGACAGUCUUCACACAGGAGAUGGGUCAGUAAACAUAAACGGAGAGCGUGCUGUCAAGAAAGAAACUGGAUCAUGGAAAUCAUGCCUUUUUGUUUUAGGUACUCUCUUUUGUGAACGUUUGGCGUAUUAUGGGAUUGCUACGAAUCUUGUGACUUAUCUCACUACAAAACUACAUCAAGGACUUGUUUCUGCCGCUAAAAAUGUUACCACUUUUCAAGGAACUUGCUAUCUUACACCUCUCAUUGGUUCCUUCUUUGCCGAUGCUUACUUGGGAAGAUACUGGACAAUUGCAGUUCUCUACGGAAUCUAUCUCAUUGGAAUAUGCAUAUUGUUUCUUUCGGAAACCAUUCCUGCUCAAAGUGCUGUGUUCUUCCUUGGACUCUAUUUGAUUGCACUAGGGACUGGUGGAAUAAAGCCAUGUAUUGUGCCCUUUGGAGCAGAUCAAUUUGAUGAUACAGAUCAUAAGGAAAAAGAAAGUAAAGGAUCAUUCUUUAAUUGGAUUUAUUUUGCUGCUAACAUUGGUGCACUUUUAUCAGCCACUGUAUUGGUAUGGACUGAAGAAAAUGUUGGGUGGGGCCUUGGAUAUGGAAUUUCUGCAUUGUUUAUUGGUAUUGGAAUCAUAAUUUUCUUUUUAGGCACACCAAUCUAUAGAUUUCAAAGGCCGACGGGAAGUUCUCUUACAAGAAUUUGUCAGGUGAUUUCGGCUGCAUUAUUCAAGUGGAAAUUGGAGGUUCCUCAGGACAAUUGUCUCCUCUUUGAAAUAGGAGUGACAAAUUCCUCCAUUGAAGGAAGUUCUAGACUAGAGCAUACUGAUGGAUUGAGAUUCCUUGAUAAAGCUGCAGUAAUAUCAGAUGCAGAAAAAGAGAGACCCGAAGCAACCAGUCCAUGGAGGCUUUGUACAGUUACACGGGUGGAAGAAUUGAAGAUUUUGAUCCGUCUUUUUCCAAUUUGGGCAUCAGGAAUAAUCGUCUGCACUGUUUAUGCACAAAUGUCAUCAUUGUUUGUUGAACAAGGAAAAAUGAUGGACACAACUAUUGCUUCAUUUAAAAUCCCAGCAGCCUCUCUUAUAGCUAUUGACAUGAUAGCUGUCAUUAUUUGGGUUCCAAUUUACGAAAAAGGAAUUGUUCCGAUUGCAAGUAAAAUCACUAACGAUGUAAAAGGUUUCACAGAAUUGCAAAGGAUGGGAUUUGGUCUUUUUCUCUCAAUUAUUUGCAUGUCAUCUGCUGCAUUAGUCGAGACCAAGAGAUUGCAAAUUGCAAAAGAAUAUGGAUUAGUUGAUGAAAAUGUCUCUGUACCACUUAGUAUAUUAUGGCAGAUACCUCAAUAUUUUGUGCUCGGCAUUGCUGGGGUAUUCUAUUUUGUGGGACAGCACGAGUUUUUCUAUGAGCAAGCACCGGAUACAAUGCGCAGUUUUUGCAGCGCAUUGGGACUUUUAACAAUCUCUAUGGGGAAUUAUCUGAGCUCAUUGAUUCUCACUAUAGUUUAUUACAUCACAACAGAAGAUGGAAAUUGUGGAUGGAUAACAGAUAAUUUGAAUAAGGGUCAUCUUGAUUACUUUUUCUGGCUUCUAGCUGGACUUAGUUUCUUGAAUAUGUUUGUAUACAUUGUUUAUGCUAGACAGUACAAACCAAAGAAGGCUUGUCACACAAGUCUUCCUUAAGGGUAGGGUGGUGUUUGCUUUUGGGAUACUUCUUUUUGUGUAACUAGAGUAAGCUAGUAACAUUGAUGGCUAUAAUAUAGGUUAGUGACCUUGAUGGAUAUAACUUGUGGUCUUGUGAUCAAAUUCCAAUUUUCUUUGGAAGCAAGACGAAAGCAAUUGAAUCAUACUUGAGAGCCAUUAGAAUUUCUAAAUAAGGGUGAUGUAGAAAAUGUUUGUUUGUUUGCUUGAAUAUGAGGAGUAAAACUUUGGGAAGGAAUCCUCUUGAAGUAGUAAAUAAAUGUCACAAGAAAGAAAGAAGAUUUGAAUUGUGAUAUUUUUUAAAAUUGUUUUAUCUUAUGUUAAAUAACUCAAGACAAUAUUUCUUUUAAGAAGUUAGUUAAUAAGGAACAGAGAUUAGGAUAGGCCAUAGUUUGUCCACAAAUGAAGAAGAUAUUUGUUUCAAGUGUGUGACAACUUGCACAAGUUACAAGGCCUUGCAACUGGGAAAUAAAUUCAUGUGUUUUAUGACUCGUCCAAAA